AUGUAUUUCUACCAGUCUUUCUCUUUCCAUGAGCUGUCUGUAAGCCUCUCUCUCUCUCUUUCCAUGAGCUCUGGUAAGCCUCUCUCUCUCUCUUUCCAUGGUGCUGUCUGUAAGCCUCUCUCUCUCUCUUUCCAUGAGCUGUCUGCCUCUCUCUCUCUCUCUUUCCAUGAGCUGUCUAAGCCUCUCUCUCUCUCUUUCCAUGAGCUCCUCUCUCUCUCUCUUUCCAUGGUGCUGUCUGUAAGCCUCUCUCUCUCUUUCCAUGAGCUGUCUGUAAGCCUCUCUCUCUCUUUCCAUGAGCUGUCUCCUCUCCCUCUCUCUCUCUCUUUCAAUGAGCUGUCUGUAAGCCUCUCUCUCUCUCUUUCCAUGAGCUCUGUCUGUAAGCCUCUCUCUCUCUCUUUCCAUGAGCUGUCUGUAAGCCUCUCUCUCUCUCUUUCCAUGAGCUCACUUCUCUCUCAUCUGUCUCAAAACAUCUCUCUCCAUCCCUACCUCUCUCUCUCUCCCCAUGAACUCUGUAGGCAUCUAUCUAAGCCACUUAGGAAAGAAGCCCUGUCUCUCUCAAAUUCUUUCCUUUUUAGUAUAGUCUCUCUCAACAAUUUCUUUUCCAUGUAUUUCAAACUUCUUUUCCUUGUAAAUCUCUCUCGAUUUCUGUGCACUGCUUGUUUCCAUGACAAUUGUAUUGAUCUUAAUGAUAUUUCUGUCUCUUUCUCUCUCAUAGAUGUUUUUGUGGAAGUUGGUCCACAGAAACAAUGUUUUCUUUUUGAAAGAUGUGACAGUAUCUCUCUUGAAGAGGCUAUCACCAUUUUUGCUUUCUCUCUUUCUCUCUCUCUCUCUGGAAAAUAUUUUUGCUAUUUUUUCUUAACAACAUCAGUCUCUCUCUCUCUCUUCCCUGUUCAUUGUAGCCUGCUUUGCCUGCCCGUAUUAUCUGCCCCAUGUUUUGGUUGUGGGGGCGACGACAGGCUUUGUGAAAUAAUAAUGCUCAACCUGGCCACAGAUGAAGUCGAAGAUACGGAGCCUGGGGACUUGUCGGCCGCAAUUCGCAUACAAGGAUUACCUUCGAUGCGGGCCCCGUCCCAGUGCACCUGUUGUCACGUUAAAGUGCACUGCAGUCUUUAUUCUCUCUCUCAUUCUCAUUCACCCACUCUGUCUUCUAUAUUCACCCACUCUCUCUCUCUCUCUCUUCUGUCAUUCUUUUCUCAUAUUAUGUUCAAAAAGUGCAAAAUUUGA